UCAUUCUUCUCAUCAUCAGUCUUUCUUAUAGAGUCGUUGGCAAUCGACCAUAUAUUCUACCCUUUCCUAUAGAUCUUUUCCGAUCUUUACCUUAAAUACCUAUCUACCUACCUUCCCAAAAUGGGUGACGUUGAUAUUCGCACUUCCGAGCUGGUCAGCCCCAUUGAUAUCGCUGAAUACCUCUAUGUCCGUCUGUACCAGCUUGGUGUCCGCUCCAUCCAGGGUGUCCCCGGUGACUACAACCUUGUCGCCCUUGACUACAUCCCCAAGGCUGGCCUCAAGUGGGUUGGAAACUGCAAUGAGCUGAAUGCUGGUGAGUUUUGGCGAAUCAGAUCCUCGGGAAAGCAUCCAAAUCCAAACCGAAACUGACAAUGGGCGGGAUAGGUUACUCCGCCGAUGGCUACGCUCGUAUCAAGGGCAUCUCUGCCCUGAUCACCACUUUCGGUGUCGGUGAGCUCUCUGCCGCCAACGCCAUCGCCGGUUCCUACUCGGAGCGGGUGCCCGUUGUCCACAUCGUCGGUGAGCCCAGCACCGCAUCCCAGAACAACCGCCAGCUUCUGCACCACACCCUCGGAAACGGUGACUUCGAUGUCUUCGAGAAGAUCUUUGCCCAGAUCUCCACUUCCGUCGUUAAGAUCAGAGACCCCGCCAACGCCGCCACCAUGAUCGACCAUGUUCUCCGGGAAUGUGUUAUCCAGAGCCGCCCCGUCUACAUCGGUCUACCCUCUGAUAUGGUUACCAAGAAGGUUGAGGGAGCCCGCCUGAAGACCCCCAUUGACCUGUCCCUCCCCGAGAACCCCAAGGAGAAGGAGGAUUACGUCGUCAGCGUCGUUCUCAAGUAUCUGCACGCUGCCAAGAACCCUGUCAUCCUCGUCGAUGCCGGUGUCAACCGCCACAAUGCCCAGGCUGAGGUGCACAAGCUGAUCAAGAAAUCCGGAAUCCCCACCUUCAUCACCCCCAUGGGCAAGGGCGGUGUUGACGAAACCCUCCCCAACUACGGCGGUGUCUACGCCGGUACCGGUUCCAACAAGGGCGUCCGCGAGCGUGUCGAGGAAUCCGACCUCAUCCUGAACAUCGGACCUCUCCAGUCCGACUUCAACACCACCGGCUUCUCUUACCGCACCAGCCAGCUCAACACCAUCGAGUUCGACCGCGACAGCGUCCAGGUCCGCUACUCCUACUACCCCGAAGUCCAGCUUAAGGGAGUUCUCCAGAACCUCAUCGCCACCAUGGGUGAACUCAACAUCGAGCCUGGCCCGACCCCCUCCAACGCCCUCCCCGCCAACGGUGUUGACCACGAAACCGCAGAGAUCACCCACGAAUGGCUCUGGCCCAUGGUCGGCAACUGGCUCCGCGAAGGUGACAUUGUCCUCACUGAAACCGGUACCGCCAACUUCGGUAUCUGGGAAACCCGCUUCCCCAAGAACGUUCAGGCCAUCUCCCAGGUCCUCUGGGGUUCCAUCGGUUACUCCGUCGGUGCCUGCUUGGGUGCUGCCCUUGCCGCUCGGGAACUGGGCGACAACCGUGUCCUGCUCUUCGUCGGUGAUGGUAGCUUCCAGAUGACCGCCCAGGAGAUCAGCACUAUGAUCCGUCAGGGAUUGAAGCCUAUUGUCUUCGUCAUCUGCAACAACGGCUACACAAUCGAACGUUUCAUCCACGGCUGGGACGACGAAUACAACGACAUCCAGCUCUGGCACCACGACGAGCUCGUCUGGGCCUUCGGCAACGACCACGGCAAGUACAAGACCCACAAGGUCAAGACCCGUGCCCAGCUCCAAGCUCUUUUCGCCGAUGAGGCCUUUGCUUCCGCUCCUUGCUUCCAGCUUGUCGAGCUCUACAUGCCCCUCGAGGACGCCCCGGCUGCACUCAAGCUGACCGCUGAAGCCGCCGCCAAGCGUAACGCCAAGCAAUAAAUGUUCUUUUCCUUCUCGAAAUACUAUUAUAAUCUUUUUACGAUUAAGAGGUGGAUGAUGGCAUGCAUUGAAGCGAAGUAACAAACAACAGAAGAUAUGACGAUCUCGGCUUAUGUUAUAGAUAUAUUCUUGGUUGAUUGAUUUGAUAGACUCUGGUUCUUGGUGGUUGAUUAUGUUUUACUAUCAUUUUCAGUUGAUUGCAUAUUAAUGGUAAUUGGCGUUUUCCAGCAAGGAAGCUUUAAAAAAUUUCUGAAUUCGAUCUGACUGUAGUGACCCUGUGAUUGUCUUGCAGGAACCGUCUAGAUUCUUUUCCCU